UUUUUGUAUGCCUGUAGUUAUGUAGUGUUAUAUCCUACCCUUUUGUCUCAACAGGAUGGUUCAACGAUAAGCUUCAAGAUCAGGCGCAGGACAAAGUUGGCUAAACUCAUGGAUGCCUACAGGGACAAACAGGGUUUGAGGGGACAGCUGCGUUUUCGAUAUGAUGGCCAGCCAGUAAACGAAGAUGACACACCAGAGACUCUUGAUAUGGAGGAUGAAGACCAGCUUGAGGCAUAUCAAGAGCAGACCGGUGGUAGGGGGUAGGCUUGGACUCAUUUCUGAUGAAUCAUUAGUUCCAGUUGUUCCGCAACCUACAUGUGCAUCUUCACAAGAAUGUCAGAGAGACCAGCA